GUAUUAAGCUUUUUUUUUGAUCAUUCAAAGCUUGUCCGAUCACCAUGUAUUGUAGUAGUACUAGCAAUGGUGAUCUUAUCUUUUGAAAGGACACUUUGUUCAUGCAGGCAAACCAAAUGCAAAAUUAAAAGCUUUUAAUCUCCAUUUGCUUGCAUUUCAUUGAAAUGAAAUGAAGAAACAGUGUAAGAGCUAUCAUGAUCCCCACCCACUCAGCGUCACAAGUACUUCACAUUUUAGGCAACUCCUCCAGGCAGGCAGGCAAGUCACAUUCACGUGAGUACAUGAAGGCAAGACCACUGCUGACACUUAUGAGGAAUAACAGCUGCUUUUUUUUUUUUUUGAGGUGUUUAGCUUAGUCCUGGAGAAUUACAGUUAGUUCAAAGUAGCUUUUUUUUUUUUUUUUGUAAUUUGUAAACACAUUUGCUUCAACUCUUGAUUUCACAAAUGACCCCGCAGGUGCUCUUGUUUGUGGUUGCAUUGUCCGGCAUCCACUAUGUGACCUCCGAUGAGGCGUUCAAGUGUCCGCAAAUCUGCCACUGCACGGCCUCCAAAUUUCAGUGCAGCAAGGACACACAAAUGGCUUCCGAGAAUGAAACCACAUCCAUAGUUCUCAAACACCUGGAUCUUGAAGAACUUCCAACCCAUGCCUUUAAAGAACUCAUCAACAUUAAAGCAAUUUUGAUUUACUACAGCACUGCGACCAGGAUACAGACACACGCCUUCCUAUCCAUCCAUGGCUUGAGAGAAAUCACGAUUAAAAACCUGAAAAAUCUGAGGACAAUUGAAAAGGGUGCAUUCACUGACCUGCCUAAUCUGAAUUAUUUAUGCAUCUUUGGCACUGGGGUGAUGCACUUCCCAGACUUAUCCACCAUAUCCUCUUUGGCCUUCCCAUUCAGCCUAAAAAUGCAAGCAAACAUGGCCAUAGAAAAUAUCCCUGCCAAUUCCUUCAACGGUAUGACAAAGACGGCCAGUGACAUAAGCCUGAUCGGUAGCGGUUUCAAGGAAAUCUACCCACACGCGUUCAAUGGAACCUUCAUCAGAACACUCGAUUUAAGACACAACAGGCAUCUGUGCAACAUUCCAGAGGACGCUUUUGAGGGAGCCUGGGGCCCGCUUUAUCUGGAUGUGUCCUCCACAGCUUUGACCUCCCUCCCCCGAAAAGGGUUGGAGCAGGUAAAGCGCCUGAAAGCCAAAUCUGCUUUUGCUCUGAAGCGCCUUCCUCCAUUAGACAGUCUGGCUGAGCUGGGGGUGGCUGAGCUGACAUAUGCGAGUCAGUGCUGUGCUUUCCACUUGUGGUACAGCAAACACAGACAAGAAGCUCUCAAGAAUCCAUCACCAUUUUGUGAAUCAAUCUACACAAAUUUUGGUCGAGGCACUGACCUCUACAACAAUCACCCACAACUGGAACAUAUUUGUCCCAGCCACGCCGGCAUCCAGUGCACGCCAGAGUCAGAUCCUUUUAACCCUUGUGAGGACCUCCUGGGUCCCAUCCUGGGCAACGUCACCUGGAUAAUUGCUUUUUUUACCAUUGUUGCUAACCUCACUGUGCUGGUCAUCCUACUUUUUACCAGUCGCAAGUUAACUAUCUCCCGGUUUCUCAUAUGUAACCUAGCCCUAGCAGACCUGUGCAUGGGGUUUUACCUGAUGCUCAUCGCACGCAUGGACUACCACUCUCGCCACGAGUACUACAACCACGCCACGGAAUGGCAGACGGGCCCAGGAUGCGACAUGUCGGGCUUCCUGACAAUGUUCUCAAGUGAGCUGUCGGUUUAUACGCUCACUGUGAUCAGCUUUGAACGCUGGUACACCAUCAUCAAUGCCAUGGAUCUAAACAAGAGGCUGGGCAUGCACCAUGUGCUGGCCAUCAUGGUUGCAGGUUGGGUCUUCUCCUUAGUAGUUGCUCUGCUGCCCCUAGUGGGAGUCAGCAGCUACAGCAAAGUGAGCGUCUGUCUGCCAAUGGAUAUCGACACGCGGGUUUCUCAGGCGUACGUGUUGAUUGUGCUCUCGCUUAACGUUGUCGCGUUUCUGGGGGUGUGUUUCUGCUACGUGUGCAUCUACCAGAGUGUCCGCAAGCCGGCGCCCGCCAAUCACCACGACGACGCAAAGCUUGCCAAGCGCAUGGCAGUGCUGAUUUUCACCGACUUCCUUUGCAUGGCGCCAAUCUCCUUCUUUGCAAUUUCCGCUACCCUGCACAUGCCCCUCAUCACCAUGUCUCACUCCAAGUUCAUCCUCAUCAUAUUUUAUCCCAUCAACUCUCUCUGCAACCCUUUCCUGUACACCAUCUUUACUCGGGGCUUUAGGAAAGAAGUGCGCCUGCUGCUCCAACGUUGUAGGAGUAUGUUUAUAGCAUUUCAAGCAAAAGGCCCACGACUCCCAACUUAUCUGCAUCCAAAUAAUGCCCAGCGGGAAACCACGCUUUAGCUUCUCAUCACUUGAGUGAAAGGUUGGUUGUGAUCGAAGGAAACACAUCAUCCGUCAUGAACUCGAAGAAUCCAUCAUCGGCCUGAACUGUACAUUUCUUCAAAGCUUGGCUCAGGAUGGAGAGAGGCCCUGCAUUGCACACGAUUGCUUGCACAUUUUUUAUUUUUUUUUACAAACGGACUGAAAAUGUCUUGCAAUUGGCUGGUUACCAGUUUUGGGUGUACCCAGCCUCUCGCUCCAAGUUAGCCAAGAUCUCACUGUAGUGAUGGAGGUUUGAGUGGACAGAUGUUUCAGUGUGUACAGUAUUUGUGCAUGUGUAAUAUACUGUAGGAUUGUAUGCCGUAAUAUGUACAAUGUAUUAUAAUAUACGUAAACUAUAGAGUGGUCGAACCCCUAAAGCCAAAUGCAAUCCCUUCUAUGAGAGCUGGUUGACUUCUUAGAAUUGGACAUUUCUGUGAGCAGCAACGUAAAACUGCCUCUUGUGCCUAGUGGCCUUAACAUGUACAAUCUACAGUAACUAAUUCAUCCUCAACGUUCUUGGUCAUGAAAUAGGAAAAAAAAAUGUAAUAAAUAUUGAAUUAUUUGUAGUGCUGAUAUAGGAGGACUACUGCAUGGCUGGACUUAUGUCGCGAAAAACAUCUAUUCCUGGUUUUACGUUUCUAUCCUUGCUAGAUUGAAUGAUAGUUUGUCAAUUUCAAUUGAAUAUUUUGAGGGACAUCACAAAUUGAAUCCCAAAACGCUUUUGGAGUGUUCUACUUCAAAAAAGUACAUAUUGUGUAACAUGUACAGUAUACUGUAUUUCACUAUUUCUUUCUGGUAACAUUUUUGUGCUUGCUUUCACCGUUAAACGGCAUCGUAAUGUGAUAGAUGUUUAUUUUUUAAUGGAAUUGUCCAAGCUUAAUAUAUUCUCAUAUCCAUUAAUAGUUUAUUCAAUUCACAUUCAUGCAGCCCUUAGGGGUUUGUAGACUGUUUAGAAUGUAAUGCAUUUAUCAAGAAAACGUUUUUGAUUUAGAAAAAAAAAAAACGGUGGGGGCAGGGAGCGGGUAAUCAUUCCUCAGUGGAGACGGUCAAAGUCAGGCAGCCUUAAGCUGCUCUUUUUGCAAACUGUGAACAGCAUCAAUAAAUGUGCAGGGAAUGUACUACACUUACUGCAUCGACCUUUACUAAACAGCCUGCAGUGUUUGUUGCAUUGUCCAACACUUGCCACAGACUGUGAUAAAAAGUGAGGCAUAUUGUAUGCAAGAUGUACCGCCAACGUGCCAUAUGUAUGAACAUAUUGGAAAUACUUUUCUCAUAGUAAAUCUUCAAAAGAAAAGAUGCACAAGAUCAGGACCAACACACUAGAAGGAUGAACCCAUCCAAUCC